GAGAGAGAGAGAGAGAGAGAGAAGGGAGAAAGGGGUUGGAGAGAAGGAGACAAGCGAGGGAGUCCGAACCUCCACUGUUGCGUUCCUAUUUCACCUCGGCCUUGGGGAUUGGGGCGUUUUUGGCUUUAAAACACACAAACACGCACUCUCCCCCUCUCCCCCUCUCUCUCUCUCUCUCUCUCUCUCUCAUAAGUAGAGAGAGAAAGGGCCCGAAAAGUGAAAACAGAGACUGCGGAGUUGAAAAGGCGUCAUCUCUUUCUCAUUUUCAUUUUUUUAAAAAAUAUUAUUGUUUUCUUCCUCUGUACGGGAAAGGCGGAGAGAGCGCGGUCAACCGAACCCCACUCGCUCGCCCUAACUUUGUUUUUAUUUUAUUUUAUUUAUUUUUUCACCCGUUGGUCACCGCGGAUCUCAUCUCUAUUUUAUUUUAUUUUUAAUUUUCACUCUCUCUCUCUCUCUCUCUCUUUCUCUCUCUCUCUCUCUAUCCCUCUAUAUCUUUCUCGCCUCUCACAGAGACCACAUGCAGUAGAGAGAGGAGCUAGAGCUGGGGCGAGGUUCGAUUUCUUUUUUCUUUUCUAAAUUUUUUUCCUUUUGGCGAUUAAUUUAAUCCGUGGGAUUGAGUGGAGUUAGGGUUUUGAGGGUGUAGAGGGGAAGGGAGAGGGAGAGAGAACGAGGUGCUAGCGACUCGCGCUUGGCUUCCUUCUCUUUCUUUCUACCCUUAAUACCAUUUUUUAGAGAGAGAGAGAGAGAGGGAGAGAGGGAGCGAGCGAGAGGGAGGGAGCUUAGAUUCAAUUUUUUGGGUUCGCAAAACCCAUUUUGAAUCACCAUUAGAUCUCCUCCUCCGCCUUUUAGGGUUUCUACUUUCUUCUUCUUCUUCUUCUUCUUCUUCUUCUUCUAGGGUUUAUUGAGUGCGUGGUGGGUCGGUAGGAGAGAGCUUUCGAAUAGAUCUAGUACUCUCUAGAAGACUCUUGAGCUUGGGCAAAGAGUUGAGCCGUUCAGAUGAGCUUCGGGGGCUUGUUCGAUAGCGGCGGCUCCGGCGGUCUACUAUCCGGCGGCGGCGGGGGCGGCGGCGCUAUCUCUCAGCCGCCGCGGUCCCUCCCUCACAAACCCACCAUCUUCAGCUCCCCCGCUCUGUCCCUCGCCUUGCAAACGAAUAUGGAGGGGCAAGGAGAUAGGAACUCGCUCGCCGUGGUCACAAACGUAGGAGGAAGGGUUUUGGAUUCGGCGCAGGGUGCGAACAGGGAGGAGGAGAACGAGAGCCGAUCGGGGAGCGACCACCUCGACGCCGUCUCCGCCGACGAUAUGGAGCCCGAUCCGAACCCUCGCAAGCGGAAGAAGCGCUACCACCGCCACACUCCUCAGCAGAUCCAAGAGCUCGAAACGCUCUUUAAGGAGUGUCCUCACCCAGAUGAGAAGCAAAGAUUGGAGCUCAGUAAACGGCUUUGCUUAGAGUCUCGCCAGGUCAAGUUUUGGUUCCAGAAUAGGCGCACCCAGAUGAAAACGCAAAUGGAGCGCCACGAGAACACGAUCCUUCGGCAGGAGAACGACAAGCUCCGGGCGGAGAACUUGGCGAUCCGGGAAGCGAUGCGAAACCCGAUCUGCAGCAGCUGCGGCGGCCCGGCGGUGCUCGGCGAGAUCUCUUUAGAGGAGCAGCAUUUGCGAAUCGAGAACGCCCGGCUCAAAGACGAGCUCGACCGCGUCUGCGCGCUCGCCGGGAAGUUCAUGGGCAAACCCGCGCCGGCCGUCGGGGCCCCGCUCCCUCUCCCGAUGCCCAACUCCUCUUUAGAGCUCGCCGUCGGCACCAAUGCUUACGCCGCUCUCGGCGCCGUGCCUGCCGCCGCCUUGCCCGCGCUCACCGACUUCCCGACGACCGUCUCGAGCCCGCUGGGCACCGUCAUAACUCCCGCCAGGACCGCAGGCGGCGGCAUUGUCGGGGUGGACAAGUCGCUGGAGCGGUCUUUGCUGCUGGAGCUCGCGCUCGCCGCGAUGGACGAGCUGGUGAAGAUGGCGCAGAUGGAGGAGCCGCUGUGGAUCCCCAGCUUGGAAGGCGGACGGGACACGGUGAACUACGAGGAGUACUCGCGGGCUUUCCCGCAGUGCGUCGGCGUGAAGCCCGUCGGCUUUGUCUCCGAGGCCUCUAGGGAGACCGGCAUCGUCAUCAUCAGCAGCGCAGCGCUCGUCGAGACUCUCAUGGAUGCCGCUCGGUGGUUGGAAAUGUUCCCUUCUAUGAUUGCUAGAGCGAGCACCACCGAAGUAAUAUCUGGUGGAAUGGGCGGGAGUCGAAAUGGUGCACUACAACUCAUGCAUGCGGAGCUCCAAGUUCUCUCCCCAUUGGUCCCCAUCAGAGAGAUCAACUUCCUCAGGUUCUGUAAACAGCUCGCGGAGGGUGCUUGGGCCGUCGCCGACGUAUCCGUCGAUGCAAUCAGGGAGAACCAUUCUAAUCCAACGGCUAACAUGAAGUGUCGCAGGCUCCCUUCUGGGUGUGUGGUGCAAGAUAUGCCCAAUGGCUAUUGCAAGGUCACAUGGGUGGAGCACGCAGAGUACGACGAGGCCGCUGUGCACCAGCUUUACCGGCCGCUGCUCCGCUCCGGGCUGGCCCUCGGCGCGCCGCGGUGGCUCGCCAUCCUCCAGCGCCAGUGCGAGGGCCUCGCCAUCCUCAUGUCCUCCCCCGGCCCCAACCUCGAUACCGCAACGAUAACAGCAGGUGGGCGGCGGAGCAUGCUGAAGCUGGCGCAACGGAUGACGGACAACUUCUGCGCGGGGGUGAGCGCGUCGUCGGCGCACAAGUGGACCAAGCUAGUGGGCGCUGCGGCCGUGGCUGCGGCAGGGAGAGGAGGCGGAGGCGGGGCCAUGGGCGUGGAGGAGGAGGUGCGGGUGAUGACGCGGCAGAGCGUGGACGACCCUGGGGAGCCGCCCGGGGUGGUGCUGAGCGCGGCGACGUCAGUGUGGGUACCGGCGGUGCCCCCGCACCGGCUCUUCGACUUCCUCCGCGACGAGCGCCUCCGCAGCCAGUGGGACAUCCUCUCCAACGGCGGGCCUAUGCACCAGAUGGCCCACAUCCCCAAGGGCCACCACCACGGCAACGCCGUCUCCCUACUCCGUGCCGCUGCCGCGAGCGCAAACCAGAGCAGCAUGCUGAUACUGCAGGAGACGUGCACGGACGCGUCGGGGUCGAUGGUGGUGUACGCCCCCGUCGACAUACCGGCCAUGCACCUCCUCAUGAACGGCGGCGAUGCGGCGUACGUCGCCCUCCUCCCCUCCGGCUUCGCCAUCCUCCCCGAUGCCAACCGCUCGUCCCCUGGGUCGCUGCUCACCGUUGCGUUCCAGAUCCUUGUCAACAGUCAGCCCACCGCAAAGCUAACGGUCGAGUCGGUUGAGACAGUUAACAACCUAAUCUCUUGCACCAUCAAGAAGAUCAAAGCCGCUCUGCAUUGCGAUACUACUUGAAUUAUAAGGUGAGGAAAUUAUAAAGAGAAAAAAAAAAGAAAAGCCGAAGAAGGGUUUUGAUGGCAAUGGGUUGAGUCAAGAACGAACCGCGCGCUGGAAAAGAACCUUUGCUAGGUGGUAAGGAAUUAUGUACGGAGUCAAUAGUCCUUUUUUUUUUUUUUUCUUUCCCUGGUUGUAUGCAUGCAUUAGGGGAAAUUUUAGAUGGAGAGGCAAGCGACCUGUGUUUUAUUGUUGUAACGCUUCUUUAUUUUGGUAGGUUUUUUUGUUUAUGUUUUGUAGACAAGUAGUUGGACGAUGCUGACCAAGUUUCGAAGUGUUAUAAUUGUUGCUUUGUUUUAGUUGGGUAUUAAAUGCCGGGUUUUAGCUUCGGUUUGCCUGAAGGGCUUAAAAAAUCUCUUAAACUCCGGUAGUCUGUUCCAGACCCCUUAACUCGAGAGACUGGUUACAUUUACUAAUUAAUUGGAUGAACAAAAAUUUUAUGCACGAUUUA